CCUAGGUGUACAAGUAUAUUAAUGAUACGCAGGCUUUUGCGUUCUACAAAACCUUUACGCCGAAUCUAACAGGGCCUUAAGGCUGUAUCUCAAGAUGGUGGAAGGCAAGCGAGCGCUUCAUAUUAUUGUUGAUCAACAAUCCUAAUGUUCAAUCACUCAAUGUCACAACUGGCCUGCUCACCUCCUUUGUUGCCGCAAGAUCAUUUUGAAUUUGAUUCGUCGGUAAACAAAGACUACGCUUCAAAACAAGAGAUUGUUUCCCGCUUAGUAUUUUAUGCGCCAGCCGAUCUUCUCCAAUGAGUUACCAUUGGAAUUUUCUCGAUAUUGCAAGUUGCACCUCUAUUAGGAGGAAAUUAUUAGGUAAGCAUACCGCGCUCUCUGUUUCGCUACGUUAGUCUAUUCACCAUGCCUUUCUACUACGAAGAACUGAUAGAGGAGGUAUACGAGGGAUAUCCCGUAGGGGGGUAUCCCUCGGGCAUGUGGUCUGAAAAAGGCACCUUCGGCUGGGAACCGCAGUUCAACACGCUCCCAACUUUUGAAGAGUAUGCGCAAUGGACACAGCCCGAGUUCGUAUCACCGUCAGAAGUAGAACUCAAUCCAAGAGCCCCCGCACCGCAGCCACCUCCCACUAAGUUCUCUCUACCAACCGCUUUCCUACCGGCCCAAUCUGCUAACGCGCCACAGGCCGCCUCUACUGAAUUUCAUUCCCAUCCCGAAAAACGAAACCAAAACAGGCCAAAUCCCAAGGAUGCGAGCGCAGGAUGGAAGAGCGUGAAAAGCAAGCAAGUCAAGAUGAGCCCGCUAGACGAGUUUUGGCUACAGAACGGCAAGGGUUGGGAGAGGGUAAAGGUGACGAAGAAGGAGAGCAAGGUGUUUAUAAGGAGGGCCGGCAUGGGAACUUGCAUGACCGGCCCCGAGUGCUUUCUCUGCGGCACAAAGCUCAGCCUUGACGAGAUCAUGAACCCGGGCAUGCCUUGCCCGGUGUGUCGCCAUUUCAAUUAGCUUUGGCUGGUAAGUAAUCAGUAACGUCGUAGAUCAUGGUAGCAAGGUAAGUAGGUAUGGAGGCAUUUGCCAAGUAGGUAUUAAAUGAUGAAUAUUGAUUAAUGAAGCUGAUAAAUGUAGGUAACUAUGUAAGUGAUGAAGACAUGUUUGUAUGGAAAUGGCAAGUUGAUUCUUUUCCAUUCUCGCCGAGAUCCCAGUGUAGAUCGGUUCCCGCACCACUAC